CGCAGGACCAGGCUGCUCUCAGAUGGAGUACCGGGGCUCCGGGAGCUCAGGGCGCAUCACGGACCGGGAGUGAGUGAAGCUGGUGGAUGGACGCUGCUCCCCGGUUCAAGCUGCUCACAGCACGGCCAUGACGGGCAGACACGAGCCAGACCUGCAUGAGCAGCAGAGAGGACCAAAGGAGGACGAGGGGGAGGAAGAGGAGGAAGAGGAGGAGGAGGGGGAGAAGGUGCGUGUGUCAGUUCAGGGCGAGGAGAGGGAGCAGGAAGAGGACGAGGCGGAGCUGCCGUACCCGUCUCUAGCGCCAGUGGUUCUUUUGGCUCUGACCCAGACCAGCCCACCCCGGUCCUGGUGCCUUCGAGCCGUCUGUCACCCAUGGUUUGAGCGUGUGAGCAUAUUGGCCAUCCUGCUGAACUGUGUGACUCUAGGGAUGUUCCAACCUUGUGACCACACUCCCUCCUUGCUGCAGGCUCUGGAUGACGGGAUCUUUGUGUUCUUUGCCGGGGAAAUGCUGGUGAAGAUGGUUGCUCUCGGGGUCGUAGGUCAGAGCGGUUACCUAGGUGACACAUGGAACAGACUGGACUUCUUCAUUGUCAUAGUGGGAAUGUUGGAGUACUCUCUUGACGGACACAACGUCAGCCUAUCAGCGAUCAGGACCGUCCGGGUUCUCCGCCCGCUCAGAGCCAUCAACAGAGUGCCCAGUAUGCGUAUCCUGGUGACCCUGCUCCUCGACACGCUGCCCAUGCUGGGCAAUGUGCUGGCGCUGUGCUUCUUUGUCUUCUUCAUCUUCGGCAUCGUUGGGGUGCAGCUGUGGGCGGGACUACUGAGGAACCGCUGUUUCCUGGGAGAGGAUGUCAAGAUGAGAUACAACAUGUCCUUCCUGAGUGGCUACUAUCGGCCGGAUGGCUCGGAUGAACACCCCUUCAUCUGCUCCACCGAACGAGAAAACGGCAUGCUUCGUUGCUCUGAUGUGCCUCGCCGCCGCAUAGGCAGGACGCCCUGCCUCCUGGGUGUUGAGGACGCCCAUUCAGAGAUGGGACUGUCAGUAGAUGAACCGGGGGCCUGCGUGAACUGGUUCCAGUAUUACAACGAGUGUCGAGCCGGGGAAGUGAACCCACACAAAGGAGCUAUUAACUUUGAUAAUAUUGGAUAUGCAUGGAUUGCCAUCUUCCAGGUGAUCACGCUGGAAGGAUGGGUCGACAUCAUGUACUAUGUCAUGGAUGCACACUCCUUCUACAACUUCAUUUACUUCAUCUUCCUCAUAAUAGUGGGCUCCUUCUUCAUGAUCAACCUGUGCCUGGUCGUCAUAGCAACCCAGUUUUCAGAAACAAAGCAGAGGGAACACGCCUUAAUGAAAUCAGAGCAGCGUGCCCGCCAGCUCCACCAAUCGGCCUCGACACUGGCCAGCGACAGCCAACCGGGAAGCUGCUACGAGGAGAUCAUCCGUUACCUGGCGCACCUGGGCCGCAAGGCAUGGCGCAGGCUGUCCCGCUGCUACACGCAGAGGCUCACACGCUGCCGCUGCGUGUGUGUUUGCCACAGAGACAGAGGCGGUGGAUCUGCCAGAGGGAGCGGAGUCGGGGAGGUGAACGGCCUCGCCCACCGGCACUCAGGCCACGCCCCCAACGACCUCUCACACCUUCAUCAGCUUUAUCACCAUUAUCAUCAUCAGCAUCAUCAUCAUCACCAUCAUCAUCCGCCUCAGGCUGAGCCUCCCGUCAGUAACGGAGGGCAUAUUUUUAACUACCCCAUCAUCUCGUCCCUCUUCAGUCACCUGGAUGCAAAGGGCCAGGGCCAGAAGAGACUGGUUGCCAUGGAGACGGUCAACAGACUGCCACAGCUGGUGCAGGAGCACGGUGUAUGUGCCGGGCAUCCAGCAUUACCGCUGCCAGGAGAAGUCCCAGGAGACUCCUCAGUUUGCCCAUAUUGCAUUUAUUAUAACCAACUUAGUGACAGUGAAAAUGCUAACGAGCUUCCUGAAGACGAGCAACACGGGUACAACAACUCUUGCCAUGGCAACAGCCCUUGUCACAGUAACAGUCCAUGCCACUGUAACAGCCCCUGCCGCAGUGACAGACAGAUGCCUGAGCCAAAGAAAAGGCUGUGUGAGCGCUGUUGGGCGGGACUACAAAACAAACUGGAGCUCAUUGUUGCAAGCAGAUACUUCAACAGAGGAAUCAUGAUUGCCAUCCUUAUCAACACACUGUCAAUGGGCAUAGAGUACCAUGAACAGCCUCAGGAGCUGACAGAUGUUUUGGAGAUCAGUAACAUGGUGUUCACCAGUCUGUUCAGUCUGGAGAUGCUGCUGAAGCUCAUGGCCCUUGGGCUCUUCGGCUACAUCAAGAACCCCUACAAUGGCUUCGACAGCAUCAUUGUCAUCAUCAGUGUGUGGGAGAUUGUGGGCGAGGCAGAGGGAGGCCUGUCGGUGCUGCGUACCUUCCGUCUGCUGAGAGUCCUGAAGCUGGUCCGCUUCCUCCCGGCGCUGAGGAGGCAGCUGGUGGUGCUGAUGAAGACCAUGGACAAUGUGGCCACCUUCUGCAUGCUGCUGAUGCUCUUCAUCUUCAUAUUUAGUAUCCUGGGCAUGCAUCUGUUUGGCUGUAAGUUCGGUCUGCGACAGGACACUGGAGACACUUUGCCUGACAGAAAAAACUUUGACUCUCUACUUUGGGCCACUGUGACCGUGUUCCAGAUCCUGACGCAGGAGGACUGGAACGCGGUGCUCUACAACGGCAUGGCCUCCACCACUCCCCUGGCCGCCCUCUACUUUGUCGCCCUCAUGACCUUUGGCAACUACGUCCUCUUCAACUUGCUGGUGGCCAUUUUGGUUGAGGGCUUUCAAGCCGAAGGUGAUGCCAACAGAUCUGAGACAGAUGAAGAAAGGCAGUCUCUAUCCUGUGAAGAGGAGGAGAAGUUUAGAGAGCUGUAUGCUGCAGAGCUCAAGAUCCAGGCCAUGAUGCUGAGCCCCAAUGGUCUUCUGAACCCCAGAGCCUCUAUGCCCCCCCCUCCUCCUCUGCCAGUCAUCACACACACCGCAGCCACGCCCACCAUCAACUCCAGCCAAUCACGUCGGGCCAGUGGCGCCUCCAUGGACAUUAACGGCUUGGAGCAGAGGUCACCGUCUCCAUGGGAAAGUGGACCGGAGAGUCGUCGCUCCAGUUGGACCAGUAUCGGUCGAGCGCCCAGCCUGCACAGGAAGAGCCAGUCGGGUGAAAUGGAGUCUCUGCUGUCCGACACGCACAUGAGCUCCAACCCCAGCAGCAGGGAGCAGUCACUGGACGAGUCUGAAUACCUGCAGGUGCCCGUGCUCCACCCCCCGGACUGUAAUGGCACCACCUUUCACCCCCCUGAUCACAGCUAUGAUGACUCUCCGCUUACGGCUCAUUACCAUGGCGAUCAGGAGGAGGAGGAAGAGCCUGAGGAGAGUUUAUAUAAAAAGCUGAAGAAGCUGCUGGAGCCGUAUAAGCCUCAGUGGUGCCUAGAACAUGAAGAAUGGUCGCUGUAUCUGUUUGCUCCACACAACUGGUUCAGGUUGUGGUGUCAGAGGGUCAUCACCCAUAAGAUGUUUGAUCACGUCAUCCUCGUCUUCAUCUUCCUCAACUGCAUCACCAUUGCAAUGGAGAGGCCUGACAUACAGUCAAACAGCAUGGAGCGGGUGUUCCUCAGUGUGUCCAAUUACAUCUUCACUGUGAUCUUCGUGGUUGAAAUGAUGAUCAAGGUGAUUGCUGUGGGCCUCUACUGUGGGAACAAUGUGUACCUGCAGAGCAGCUGGAAUGUUCUGGAUGGACUGCUGGUGUUUGUCUCUCUGGUGGACAUCCUGGUCUCCGUGGUGUCGGCGGGUGAAAACCGAAUCUUUGGCAUCCUCCGUGUGCUUCGUCUGCUCCGCACACUGCGACCGCUCAGGGUGAUAAGUCGAGCUCCGGGGUUGAAACUGGUGGUGGAGACUCUCAUCACGUCUCUCAGACCGAUUGGAAACAUCGUCCUCAUCUGCUGCGCUUUCUUCAUCGUGUUUGGGAUUCUGGGAGUCCAGUUGUUUAAAGGGAAGUUCUUCUACUGUGACGGUCUGGAUGUAAGCAGCAUUACCAAUAAAACCCAGUGUCUGGGGGCAGGGCAUCGCUGGGUUCGACGGAAGUACAACUUUGAUAACCUGGGACAGGCACUGAUGUCACUGUUUGUCCUGUCGUGUAAAGAUGGCUGGGUCAGCAUCAUGUAUGAUGGCCUGGAUGCUGUGGGAGUCGACCAGCAGCCGAUAAGGAACAACAACCCGUGGAUGCUGCUGUUCUUCAUCUCCUUCCUCCUCAUCGUCAGCUUCUUUGUUCUCAACAUGUUUGUGGGUGUGGUGGUGGAGAACUUCCACAAGUGUCGCCAGCAGCAGGAGGAGGAAGAGGCCAGGCUCAGGGAGGAGAAGCGGCAACGACGCUUGGAGAAGAGAAGGAGGAGGGCUCUGGAGAAACCGUAUUACGCAGACUACUCCCCAUUGCGUCGAUCCAUCCACACCCUGUGCACCAACCACUACCUUGACCUCUUCAUCACCAUCAUCAUCUUCACCAACCUCCUUACCAUGAGCAUGGAACACUACAACCAGCCUCAGUACCUUGAGGAGAUACUGAAAUACUGUAAUUACAUCUUCACGCUGGUUUUUGUCAUCGAGGCUGGCCUCAAACUCAUCGCCUUUGGCCUGCGACGCUUUUUUAAAGACAGGUGGAACCAGCUGGACCUCGCCAUUGUGUUGUUGUCCAUCAUGGGAAUCGCAUUAGAGGAGAUAGACCUGAAUGCCUCCUUGCCUAUAAACCCAACCAUCAUACGCAUUAUGCGAGUCCUGAGGAUAGCACGAGUGUUGAAGCUGUUGAAGAUGGCUACGGGAAUGAGAGCUCUGCUGGAUACGGUGAUGCAAGCUCUGCCUCAGGUGGGGAAUCUGGGUCUGCUCUUCAUGUUGCUGUUCUUCAUCUAUGCUGCUCUGGGAGUUGAGCUCUUUGGAAAACUGGAGUGUUCAGAGGAAAACCCAUGUGAGGGUCUUAGCCGCCACGCUACAUUUGACAACUUUGGCAUGGCUUUCCUCACUCUGUUUAGAGUCUCUACUGGGGAUAACUGGAAUGGUAUUAUGAAGGACACGCUGCGUGAGUGUCGAGCCGACGACCGCCACUGCCUGAGCUACCUGCCCUUCAUCUCUCCCAUCUACUUCGUCACCUUCGUCCUAACAGCUCAGUUUGUGCUGGUCAACGUGGUGGUGGCCGUUCUGAUGAAGCACCUGGAGGAGAGCAACAAGGAGGCACAGCUGGAGGAGCUGGAGGAGAAGAGAGAGAGGGAGGAGGCGGCCAAACGCCGCCUCAGUAACGCCUCCACAGGUGGAGAACAGGGGCCAAAUGUAGACACACCUGCACAGGUGCAGGUUGAGGAGGAGGAGAGUUCCCAUGGCAACCUGCUGAGUAUGGAAACCAUCCUCUCUCUCCCUAGCGACAGCUACAUUCAGCCACUCAGAUGCUCCCCUUGUCCUCCUAUUGGCCAUGAGGCCUACGCCAGCUACAGCUUUUCAGGCUCUGUGUCGUCGCUGUGCUCCAGCGGGGGCGGCUCGCUGCUGCAGGUUCCAGGAGCGUUGCCCUCCAUCAGCCAUGCUUCACUGGGGUCUGGACAAAGCUCAAGGCCCAUCAUACGGCUCAGCGCCUCCCAGAGCAUAGACAGGCACACCCUCUCUAGCGGGAGACACACCUCACACAGACUCAGCCCCGCCCACAGCAUAGAGGGACACAGGUUCAGCCCAGCCCAUGGCAUUAACAGACACAGACUGAGCUCUGCUCACAGUAUAGACGGAUACAGACUUAGCCCGGCACAUAACAUACGCAGACACAGACUCAGCUCAGCUCACAGUAUAGACGGAUACAGGCUUAGUCCACACAACAUAGACAGGUCUAAAUGUAGUUCUGCCCGCGGUGUAGAGAGACACUCCUCACUUAAACUGAGUGCCACCCACAGCGCUAACAGGCCCUCUCCUCAUUGGCUCAGUCCUGAGGACAGUUUAGAUAGAACCAAACUAAGCCCCUCCUAUAUUCCAGAAAGUUCAGUCCCACAGAGGCCUGGAUCCCUCCGCAUCGCCAGCAGACAGUUAAGGAGACAGGAGGCUGUGCGGUGUGACUCACUGGAUCAGAGCUGCAGUUCGGCUGAUGAUCUUGGGGAGUCUCACCUCUCUGUGCCCCCGGUCUCUGCCAGCCCCCAGCGCCAGCGCUCCUCCAGUGUACACACACUGAAAUCCUCGCUCCCUCAGAGGGUCAUCUCAUGUAGAGGCCACAGCCGGAGCCGCAGUGACGCCUCUGGACGAGAACUUGCACCUGAACAAACUGUUUACCAAAUGCAGGCGGAAACAGGCGCCGAGGUGCAGCCUGUCCCUGCCCAGAACAUGUCCAGUCUGCAGGUUCCCGCCCCUGAAGCAGCCCUCCCAGCCAGCCCGGGCUUCUUUACCUCCAGGGCGGCCAGCCCCGGCCCCAGCUCUGACCCUGGCCCCCAGCUGGAUGAUGCUGAUGAGGAAGUCAGCCGUAUUAACAGUUCUGUUCACACACACUCACAAACACAACUUUCUCCCGGCUCCUCGCACAACAGCAGACACCUUUCCCCCGGCCCCGGGGAGCACAGGAGCCGUCUCAGCCAAUCAGUGUCUCCGGUGUCAAGCAGGAACAGGAAGCAGAGGAUGAGCCCACCUCCAGGGGAGGAGCCAGUUACCAUGGCAACACAACUGAUGGACAGCACUAUUGAGCUGAGACGGCGGACCCUGUCUUUUGACGCCACAAGUCUCUCUCCCCACCCAGCAGAGGGAAGUUCUGUGGACGAUUGAACAAACCGGAUGUUGCUGGAUUGGCUGUUUUCUAAGGGGGAGGGGCUUAAUGUGUUGUUUCAACACAUUUGAGGGGCAGAAAUCACAAUUUGAAGGCGUGUGAAUACCUGUUUUCUGU